GCAUGACUGUGAAUUAUAGCCACGCUAACAUUUUCCCCUUUAAAUUGCUAGGGGCUAUGGACGGCUGGAAGAUGGAGUGCUUCUCUUCCAGGGCGAUUUUGAUCGUGGCCAUUUUCAAAGCUUUUGAACUGGGAUUAGUUGCUGGGUUGGACCACCAUGAACUUGCACGGCUGUCACGGGGAGACCUGGCCUUCAGAGAUAACAGCCCUCAAUCCCAGGAGGAGCGUGCAAUUCGUCAUCAGUCUUUCCAGUUUGUGCCACGCAUGAGAAUCCAGGAUAGUAAGGAGCUCAACAAAACCUGCUGUCUGAAUGGGGGGACCUGCAUGCUAGGGUCCUUUUGUGCCUGCCUCCCCUCCUUCUAUGGACGGAACUGUGAGCACGAUAGGCGCAAAGAGAACUGUGGGUCUGUGCCACAUGACACCUGGCUGCCCAAGAAGUGUUCAAUGUGUAAAUGCUGGCAUGGCCAGCUCCACUGCUUCCCUCAGACAUUCCUACCCGGUUGUGAUGGCCAUGUGAUGGAUGAGCAUCCUACGGCUUCCAGGACUCCAGAACUAACACCGUCUGUAUGCACCAUUCUUACGCUGGCUGGCAUCUGCCUUGCUGUACAAAGUUAAUAUUAAUCAACAUUUGCAUGUAACAUUUGCUAAUGAACUAUAAAGACUUUCAUUCUAAUGUCCUAACUGAGAGAUGAUCAUUUGGUAGUUGCCUUGAAAUAGUGAAUAGAUUUCCACAGUGGUCUCUAACAUUUCCUUAAAGUACAGGCAGACCUCAGAGAUACUGCAGAUUUGGUUCUAGACCACCGCAAUAAAGCAAGCGCUGCAAUAAAUUGAGGCACACAGUUUUUGGUUUUGCAGUGCAUAUAAGUUAUAUUUACACUAUAUUGUAGUCUAUUAAGUGUGCAGUAACAUUACAUCUUAAAAAACAAUGUACAUACCUUAAUUUGAAAAAUAGUUUAUUGUUAAAAAAUGCUAACCAUCAUCUGAACCUUCAGUGAGUCAUCUUUUUGCAGGUAGAGGGUCUUGCCUUCCAAUUUGUAAAAAAAAAAA